ACUUAUUAAAUAGGUUAAUAUGGUUAACAAAACGGCUUCAAAGUCAAACAUAGACCCCCCUAGUCUUUCAAAACGAGGUCGACUCUACGUUGGCAACUUACCAUUCGGUUUUUACCACGAAGCACUCAAAGAAUACUUUUCGCAGUUCGGAAAGGUCACAAAAGUACGAGUAGAGCGAAGCAAACGAACCGGUGGUUUCAAAGGCUACGCUUUCGUUGAGUUUGAAAACACAGAAGUGGCUCAAAUAGCAGCAGAUGCGUCUAAUAACUACAUAAUUGACAAGAAAAUCCUAAAGGCCAGAUAUAUAACUCCUGAAGACCAGCAUGUAAAAAGGCUAAGAGGUAGAAAGACGUUUGAGACCUUCAAAACUCCGACUUCAGUUCAGAAUACAAAUUUAGUAGCAGCUGUUGGUCAAUCGAAAAGGCGGUUGAUGAAAAAGCGUGAAAUGUAUUUGAACUUGCAUGAAAAGUUAUCUGAGUUUGGUAUUGAGUUGGAUGAAAUUCCGAUUAAUUUGGCAAGUUUGGACGAAAGAAUUGAGGAAGCGAAAGGUAGAAAUAAGCGAAUUCAGAAGUUGAAAGAAGAAAACAAAGCAAAGAAAACCUUGCAAGUGAAAAUUCAAAAGCACAGAAAGUUGAAAAAACAAAAAUCUGAGAAACACGAGCAAAAAAGCGAAAAAAGCUUUGAAAAAACUGAAGAAAAUGAAGAUGAAGAUCCAGAAAUUGAAAGCGAAGAUGAUGUUUACAAACCGAAAAAUGUUAUUGAUACAUUUGAGAAAGCAUUAGAUGCUCUUAAAGGAGUUGACAAUAAAAGUGAAAAAGAAACAGAAGGGACAGGAAAGGUCGAAAAAGCUCAAGAUGAUUUAUGGAAUGUCGGAAAUGAAGUUCAGAACUUCGAGGUUUCAGAAGCUGUAGGGAACAGUUCAGACGAAAAUAAGGACGAAGAAGUGAAGACAAAAACGUUGAAAAGAAAACGAAAUGAUUUGAAAACCGUAGCAGUGUCGAAGUCCAAAAAUCCAGUGUCGAAAAAGCCAGCAGAAAAACGAGAACCGGUAAAAAGGAAGGUAGAAAAAGUUGCAAGGGAGAUCAGUGACGAUUCACCGUCGGAAAUCCUUAAAAAGAGACCCAGUAAGGAAUCGUUAGCGAGUAAAAAUGAAAAAAUUACAAAAAAGAAAAUCUCCAAAUUGGUGAAAGAAAGAGCCGAAAAAGAAUCGACCCGAAAUCAUGAAGAAAAGGCGGUUAAAGAAAGUGACGAUAAUGAAAAGCCAGUUUUGAAGAAGAAAAAAUUUGAGAAGAAAGAAGUGAUGCAAAGUUUCAGACAUAAAGUUAAGAACAUUCAGUUCAAAUAUAUGAGUUGAUUUGUAACUAUUCUGUAUUCUGACUUUUUCGGACACCAGAAAUUGAUUUUUGAGAGCUCACAUAUGUUUUUACGCUGUCCCCGUGGUGCAAAGAACUUAACCGUUAGCAAAAUUCUUGCUUUAAAAAUGUUUUUUUUUUCUGUCUUGUUCAGUUGAUUCAAUUUUUGCUCAAAACAAAUUAUUCAGUAUUUGCAAUGGCAGGGGAGUUAUUUACAAAAAAAUGGAAAAU